CCAUUGAGCGACAAAAUCAUCUGAUUCCCGCGAUUUUUGCUUUGUUUUUCUCUGGGAGUUUUUAAUUAUUUCCUUGAUUAUUUCUUGUUUUUCCGAAAUGGAAGAUUACACACCUUUGCAUAUUGCUGUUUUGCAGUUAAUGAGUGGUCGGGGUAUGCUUGAGAAAGAAGAAUUUACCAAGCUGUUCUUAAAAUUAAAGACACACUAUUCGGAGAAACUAGCGGUUGAUUCGGCCACACCUGAAUCUGUCCUGGAAAGGAUAAAUGAAAAAAUCUCCCCGUUCAACCUUUCAAUAAUCCUGACAAAAUACGAGUAUUCCGAUGAGGAGUUCUACGUUUACAUCUCAACGACCUCAUCUCCGGAAAGCCGCUUCCAGAAUCUCUACACAGAGAUGGAAAUCCAAUAUUUCCCUUUGCUUCUGAGGGAGAUCAUCACUUCAGAUAGUACUUGCAUUGCUCCAAUUGUGGCGCUCAAUUUGAUCUCUAUCCUCCAGAGACCCCUGACAAAACUCAGAGCAGGAGAAUUGCUGAAGAUAUGGACGAAUGCGGGGUAUUUCAAAGAAAUGAAUGAAUUGAUCCACUUGGGACCGAGAUCUCUGGUUGAAUUCAAUGGAUAUCUCACAGUGAACUACCCGGAUUUUGUUAAGACCUGCUCCAUCUGCUUGAAGACGGUCUACAAGAGUUUGACCUGCAAGACAGAAUCGUGCCAAACCACCAUUCAUGCUUCCUGCAUUAACAGAUACCACGAGAACUUCCCCAACACUUGUCCCUCGUGCAAGGGAGACUGGGUAUAAUUAUAAUUAUUUCUCAAGUUCCUUUUCUUCAUUAUCAUUUCCAUCCUGACCAUCUCAUUCAACAAGAAGUACAACUCUUAUUCCAAAAACAUUCCAAGCCUCAAUGACGUCGGGAAGAACCACACUUAAACCAGAGCUGAACAGUGCGAAUUGUGUUUCAGUCUGCUAGGAAUAUCUUCCCAAACAACUUCUUUAAUUUAUUACUUGAAACGAUGAGAACUGCCUUCAUUUUUCUCCUUCCCUUUUUCUCUUGUAUUUCUGGGCAUCAAGAAAAGUGCUCCGAUGUUGUUCCAAUGGAUAAUUUUGAUAUAGAUCAGUUCUUAGGAAAUUGGUAUGUGAUCCAGCAGACAAAAACUGAAUCCAGAUGCAUUCAGCAUCAAAUAGUUCCUCUUGAAAAGCCCGGAGAGUAUCGAAUUUCACAAAUUUCACCUCACUAUCUCCUGGAUAAAUUCCAUUUGCAACAUGAACAUACUUAUUCGGGCAUCCUGAUAACUGAUCCAGUGUCUCCGGCUCGGAUGAAGGCUCGCUAUGCAUUGAGUUUCGGAGACGAAGCUUACAUUGUCAUCACCACGGAUUACGAUAAUUUUGCUGGGAUUGUUACUUGUGGGGCUGUUGGGAAUUCUAGAAGUGCUACAAUCCUCUCCCGUACCCGGUCACUCACAGAGCAGCAGCUCACAGCUAUUCGGGAGAAGAUAGAAGGGUUUUCAGUGAACAUCCAACAUUUGAGUACCAUCAGCCAAAUAAACUGCCCUGUAGAUGGGAUUUGGGGAAUCAACAUUAAAAUUGGACAUGAUAUCCUGUAUCCGGACAGACUAAAGGACUCGGCGAAAGGAAUAGUAAAGGACAUUGGAUCAGCUAUCAAUGGGGCAUUUCAAAAUGGAGCAAAGUUUUUUGAUGGACUGCUAAAUAGAAAAGCGCGGAGAAUUUGAGAAACAGGAGGAGAAAAAUUUGCAUUUAAAUUACACCGAAUACUUGUAUAAUUUUGAUUGAAUGUUAUUUUAUAAAUAAACCACUUGAAUUAAUUGAUGCCAA